GUGCUUAUAUGAACAGUUCUAAAAGUAAAAAUGGACAAACACUCAGGUACUAAGUAUUCAGUAAUUUUUGGGCUAAUCAAUUACAAACAAGAACGCUUAACAUUGAUUGAGAGUUUUCGAUGGGAAGACAUCAAAAAUCAAUUACAAACAAGAAUGCUUGCAGAUGGUUUUGGGCUAAUAAAGAACGUUGCCGCCGGAAAAUCCCUUACUCGGCAGCGGCGGGUAGUUCUUGCACACUGAUCGGUAAUUGCCGCCGGGAAAAUCCCUUACCAUUCUGUGGGUGCCGUGUUAGGAGAGUUUGUUCCCUGGGAUUUGCAAAAUUUAAGCUGGUGAUUAAGGUCCUGCUGUUCGUGGAUUGUUGAUGAGCAUUUUGAGAUGAAUGAAGCAAUGAAAUUGUCAUGAGAUUGUCUGUGUGGCUGCUGUCAUUCAUGGAAGCUUUGAAGUUUUUUUUUUCUCUUGGUCUGACCACUGAUAUGAUACUCUAAGAAUGGCUGCUUGUGUUAUGGUUGAUACAAUUUCAUUUGGAUGUAAUCAUGCAUUUGUAUGCCAUGAGAUUGUCUUUGUGUCUGCUGUUGUUCUUGGCCCAUUUGAAGUCUUUUCUUCUUUGGUUUGGCCACUGAAUUUAUACUCUGAGAGUGGCUGCUUGUGUUAAGGUUGACAUACUUUCCAUUUGGAUCUAAUCAUGCAUUUGUAUGUUGUGUUUUGUGUUUUGCUUCUCACCGAAUUUCUUCAAUGAUGUGUAUUGCUUUUGUUAUGUUCAUUAUUGUCUCGAGUUUUAAAGCGUAAAUUAAAGUUCCCAAAAAUAGGUGGAGGAUAUAAGGAGUGGUUUACAAAAAAUGAAGUGAUCACCUACACUUCAUUUAUGAUAUUUGGCUAACUUAAGAGUUCUAACAUAGGGAUUGAUUUACAAAAAUUGAAGUGAUUACUUGCACUUCUCAAUUUCGCAGCCUUGGACUGAUGCGAAAGUGUCCCACAUUGUCAAAGUGAUAUGAAGCUUUUAGUCAAAUGCUUAAGCAAAAAACUCCUAAAAGGAUACCUUAGGAAAUUAUUUAAUGGUUUUUCUUACUUAUUCUUGCCCAAAAGACUUGCUUAGUACGACAGGCCUCCAUGUUUAGAUAGAAGAGGAGCAUUCCAGACAUUUUAUUACUUCUAAAAGUAUUUUUUUCACCUGCAUUGGUAAUCACUGUGAGAUUGGGUUUCAAAUUUGGAUAUAAUUUGUUGAUAAGAGAUAUGUUUCCCAGACCACAUACAUAUUUUAAAAGUUAAAGUUGUUAGGCCAGAAAAAAAUGACUUGAAGAGCCUGCAAGAUGAGUGUAAAUUACAUUUUCCUUCUGUCAAUAAAACAUGCAAGAAAUGUAGGGUUGUGAAUACCCUUUUGAGAAAUAUAUUGAUCCAACUUCAUAUAUUCUAUUUGAAUUUUGAGUACUUGGAUAAUUUAAAAUUCAUUUAUGUUACAGUUAAUUUUUUUGAACACUAAUAACUCUAUUACAAUGUAGUAUUUGUUCAUACAGUCUCAAUUUAUUAAAACUCGUAGAGUUAUUGUUUGCACCGGGAAUCAAACAUGUGACCUCUUAUUUAAGAGUGCCAUAACAGUGUCAUUGAAGUACAAGAUCCUUGGUUGUAAUGGUUGGUAUAUAUCCUAUGAAUCAAUUAACCUCCAAAAAUUAGCCUAUCAAUCAAUUGAUUUAACAAUU